UUGUACGGGAGACCGUGCAAGACACCGUUGUGCUGGACAGAGAUCGGGGAGCGUCGCGAGUUUGGGCCGGAGAUUGUUGAGGAGACCACGGAGGUGAUACGGAGGAUUCGCGCCCAUCUGAAGACGGCGCAGGACCGGCAGAAGUCAUACGCCGAUCAGCGACGCCGAGACUUCGAGCUUGAGGUCAGAGAGUAUGUCUUUCUCCGAGUACAGGCGAUGCGAGGUCAUGUGAGGUUCGGGCAAAGCGGGAAGCUGAAGCCGCGCUACAUCGGACCUUAUCCCGUGAUUGCGAGAGUGGGAGUUGUUGCAUACCGUCUUGGAUUACCGCCGGAGCUGGGCAAUAUCCAUGACGAGUUUCACGUGUCGAUGCUGCGAAAAUACGUAGCGGAUCCUUCUCACGUGCUACAGCCCCAGAAGUUGGAGUUUACGGAGGCUACACGUUUUCGAGACGAGCCACUGCAGAUAGUGGACCGGAAGGUCAAGAUGCUGCGGACGAAGGAGGCGCCACUCGUGAAGGUCUUUUGGCGGAGCCAAAGGGUCUCCGACAUGACUUGGGAACCUGAGGCAGAGAUGCGUAGUACUUAUCCUCAUCAGUUUACUUGA